GUACCUUUUUUUGUUCGCUGUAGAAAGUCUGCGAAAGAAGCGGCAUAUUCAACGAAGUCGUGCCAGAUUUGUCAACCUUUUAUGUUAUUCAGCCCCAUACUGCAAGAUGUUGGACUUGUCCAAAAUUAAAGAGGACUUUUCAUUAAUGGUAAAGGAAGCCCAGCCAUGGACUCUUACACAGUUUGUGAUGUGGUUAGACCUUAAGCUCUCUGAAUACAAAAUUAAAGGAUACAUGGUCUUGGAUCAUGAAAAAACAACUAAGCCUCGUUGGUUAAGUCCAGAUGAUGAUAAUGAUGCUGGCGGUGACAUAGCACCACAACCUCCAAACUGUCCCAAGUGUAAUACUAACAAUCAGGGACAAACACGAGCAGAUAACUCAAAUCAGCAGAGAAGAAACCAAAAUGCAUUUCAGCGGCAGCAACAGAGAAAUAGAAAUGCAAAUUUCCGACGUCAAGGGAACGAAUCCUAUAUAAAUGAAGUUCUAAGUGUAGGGGACAAUGUACAGAAUUCCAGUGUGAGGGGAAGCAGCAAAGAUAUGAUGCCACAAGUGAUAUCAUUAGAACCUGCCACGGACCUUACGGCAGAGGACAUCAAAGAAAUGGACAAAGUAUUUCAAAGCAAAGAAUCGUCAAAUGUUGAUGAUGAUGUUGUGGAAAUAUCAAACCCCGCUGGUCGGGGCCUUCAGCGCCAUCGGCGGUCUCAGGUGUCUUCUACCAUAACCUCAAAACAGGACAGUGGACGCGGUUUUAUUACAGCAGGUAGUACAUCAGGAUCCUCCUUUUUACAUGAAGGACAUGAUCAGGAUUCCUUCUCGCGUCCACCAAGAGAAGAUUCUCCGCCCAAAAGACAAGUAGCUAUGGUUGACUUAUCACGUGCAUCAGUACCUGAUGAGGAACCAUCUUUUGAACCACCACCAACCAGUAUUAGACCUGAAUUACUGAUGAGUGCAAGAAAUGAGCCAGUACAAAAUGUGUCUCAAAAUCAGACUACAUCUAGUGGUAGUAUGUCUGAACAGCCUGUCUCCAUGCCCUUACCUGUACCUGUAGCACUCCAUGUAGCUAGACCAAGUGACCCAGGUGGGUCGACGCCGAUGGAAACAUCCUCCGUUGAUCCAUCCACCACAGAAAUCAAACAAGAAGUCAGCGAUAAUUUCGAAGAAUGUUUCCUAACAGGUACAGAUGAACAGAAUAAUCAGAUGUAUAUGAUGGGUGACAACAGUUUAUCAGAUAGCGAAGCAAGUUUCAGUCAAGGACAGGCAUACUCCCCACAACAGAACACUGGUAAUAUGGCUCCACUCGGCUUCGGUCAAGGUCUUUACACUGUAGGUGAACAGGAAGUUGAUUUACCGAAAUUUGAAGAUCCUUUAGUUCGACGAGUAUUAGAAGAUGGUGCUGCACCCUCACGACAUAUGUGGUCAAAAAUAAUCACCAGAUGUGCGUAUCAUAUGCUGUCCAAGGGUGUUCCACACAAACAUGACUAUCAGUUGUUCAGUAAAGCCUUUUAUCUGCGAUAUCCAUGCAUAGGAACAAAUCGAGGACCAAAUCCAUGGACGGAUUGUGCGAGAGGCAUCUCACAAAAAGUACGCGACUUACGCAAAAAGUUUAGAAGGAUAAAUUUUGGUAAACAAGACACUUUCGCCUCACUUGCUGCUUGCAGUGUCGCAACAGGUCAUAUGCAAAGUUCUGAGUCGCAGUUUCCUCAACAAAGCCAUGCACAAGAGACAGUGGAAGAAAACCCUCAGCUACUUUUCCCUGUGUAGGCACAGGCCAUUGAUCAGCUGAUGCAAAAUCAUUUUUAUGUAAAGGUUUUAUCAUAAUGAUGGGAAACUGGAUAAGUUUACAGCCCAAAUAUAACUAACUGGAAACCUAAUGUUCACUGCAUACAUUGGAAAGAAAAGCAUAUGUGUACCAUUUCUGGAAUUAAAUUGUGUUUAAAAUCGUCUGGAAUAGUACGAUAGAAUACGAAAUCUCCCAAAAUAAAAUAGUUCAGUGUAUUUGAAACCUUUUGGAAUAAGAUAGUACCUAGGUAUUGGAAAUCUUCUGAAAUCCUAUGAAAUGAUAGGGUACAUAGAUUUGAAAUCAUCCGAUAUAAAACAGUAUUUGAAAUCUUCCUACUUAUUUCUUUAGUAUUUGUAAUCUUCAGAAAUAAUUUUCUCUCUGCUUUUCCUUAGAUUUUGACACAGAUUUAGAGUUGCACUUUUACUUAAGUGAGGGAGCUUAAUGAAUACAUCCCUCUGAAAAUAUCAUUGAACAGAUAUUAUGAUCAUCAUUGAACAGAUAUUAUCAUCAUCAUUGAACAGAUAUCAUCAUCAUUGAACAGAUAUUAUCAUCAUCAUUGGACAAUGUUAUUUAAGUUUUGUUUGGUGAUGUCUUGUAAAUAUUAUCAGUAAAGGCAUUCAGUCAACAGCCAUGUUUUGUGUUAUCAGUCCAUCAUGAAUGUAAGGAUAUCACUUGAAUAUUAGGAAAGUGAUGUGUUUGUACUUGUGCAUUUUAUUGAGUAAAAAGUUAAGAGAAAAAAAAAAAAAAAAAGAGGGAAAAAUCAACUUGUGAAUAGUGCUCCCCCUUGCUAAUAACCCACAACUUUGUUCCAUCUCUUUCUCAAGUUCAUUCAAGUGCCUUGCCACAAUAUCUUUUUACCUAGUUAACUAACUGCGAUGAAACUUUCCCCCUUUUCUCUCCCUUUUUUUUGUUUUUGUUUAAGGUAUCUUUAAAGUUCUUAUCUAAGUUUAUCUUUAAACUUUGUUUUCCUGCCAAGUAUAUACAUACUGUAUAUCAAAUGUUUUUGUUCUGUUAUAAAAUAUUUGAAACUCUUAUUAAUGUGAUGAAUUUAAAGAUAUUUUAUGUAUUGAGUCAAAAUGGAUCUGAAAUAUUGUAUUUCAAUGUUGUAUUUAUAUAUACUGUAUACUGAACUGAUGUCCUCUUCGAUUGCAUAAGAAUAUUUAAAUGCAAUGACCUUGACCCUAAGGGUAAAGUGUUUCAGUCAAGAAAUUGUGACCAGGCUUGAUCUUUCGUUCCCACAAUGCAUCUGAGCUGCUGACUCAGUGGCAAGUAUUUGUGUGAUUUUCUUUUGGAUCUGAUUCCAUUACAUCAUGGCUAUGCUAUAUACUCCAAAAACCUUGCAUUACAAUAGUAUAGUCCAGUUUAUAGUAUAAACAGGUCUACAACAACAUAUUUGUUGUCACAAAUUUCUUAUUGAUGUAGAUGUAGCUUAUCAAUAUUGAUGUAAUUCAAGGGAGAAACCUUAUGAGUAAGAGAAGACAGGCCAUUUGAACAUAAAUUGUGGUUUUAACUUCGGAAAUGUUUUUUUUCCUUUCUAAAAUCUGUUUUGUUAGGUCACAUGAGACAAGGUCUCAGGGUGACCCAUUGCGAUCCUCAUUUUUCUUGUGUCUUGCAUCGUGCAUCAUAAACUUUUCAACUUCUGGAAAACUCCUGAACUGAUUUCAAUGAAAUUUUACAAAAGUCUUCCAUGGCCAAAAGCGCACCAAAAUUGUAAAUUAUAUGAUCCCCAACCUCCAGGGGCCUGAGGGGCGGGACCAAAAAUAGUCAAAUUGAUUGAAACUUCACCCGAGGUAGGGGGAAAUGUUUACUGUAGUUUAUAUAGGAAAAACACUUUUCUGAACAUUUUUUGUUUAUUUUCUAUUGGAAAUAGUUCAAACCUAGAUGAGUUAUUAGUUUAAGAUGACACUUUAAUGAGAUGCACCCAGGGACUGUUGGGAGGAGCCAAAAGUGGGUCAUAUUGACUGAAAUUUCAAAUAUCUUCUUCUCAAAUCUCAAGUAUGUUAGAAUCAAGUACUCUACAUGGAUGGAAAGGCCUUCAGAUGCUUUACCAAAAUUGCAAAUUUCAUUACCCCCGAGUGUCAUAUUUCCCCCAGGGGAGGGGGUAAAGUUUACUAUGUUUUAUGUAGGAAGAUUACCUUUUUAACAAAAUCAUUUCUAUGAUAUGUUACAAGAAGCAUUGUGACUAAGGUGACAGUUAAGGCCCUUGGGUCUCUUAAACUUGUUGUUUUAAAAUUUUAGAACUGUUUGUGAAACUUCCAGUCACAUAAAAUGUGUACAAUACUCUGCUUGUUAUAAAUACAUGAAAUCUGUUUAAAGUCCCAUUUUAGUUGAUAUGAUAUCUGGUUUUUGUAUUACCCUGUUUUCAAGUAAUACUGAAAUAGGAAUCAUUGGUCUUGACUGGUCUCCAGAUUCUAUAUACAUCAUGUAUGAUGUCUACUUACUUGGGACCAUAGUGUCUCUUCUAUACCUUGGAUUUAUGGAAUACAAAUAAAACACUUGUAUUAUCUCUGAUAUGAUAAUGGAGGGCUGUGUUAUAUGUGGUAAAUAAACUUAUGCUGUAUCGUU